CGUUGGAAGUAGUUCCGGUGGUUUAGCAGCGGAGCGGAGCACUGAGACCCGGGAUCUUUGCGUUGAUGAGCGCAAAUGCGAAUAGCGGGUCGAGUCCUCCAGUCUUGACUUGUCGACUGACCACAGCAGCGGUCAGUUUGACGCCUGCAGAGCGCCGUGCGCACGCAGCCAGAGUGACAGCGCAAAGGCACCACAGGAGCUUUUUUUAUGUGUGUGUGUGUCUUCGAAGGGGAUUUUCAAGUGCAGAACAGCGUCUGGAGCUGCUUGAAGCAGAGUGCACAAAUUGAGCCGGUUCUCGUAUUCGCGUGCGACGGCUGCCCAUGAAGACACCGUAGCCUUAACAUCAAAGCAGCGGCCAUUACAGAGGCUAAAUGAAGAUCUUGUGAACAUGCACGAGGGACGAGCUCUACCUUUCACUUCGGUGACUUCCUCAGAUGCUGUGGCCCAAAGAAAGAUGGAAAGGAAUGGGAAGAGCUUGAGCCAAGACUGCUGCACAGAACCCAUUCAGUGAGCCAACAGGAGAUCCUCCAUACGCCAAGUCGCUGAGCCGUGCAUCUUCCCUUUUGACCCCUGACCCCUGACAAGACAAACACUAUGACCUCUGAGCUGGAGAGCAGCCUUACUUCAAUGGACUGGCUUCCCCAGCUCGGCAUGAGGGCAACCAUUCAGAAGGCCGACACGGGACACCACCAUGGCCACCACCACCACGGGCACCACCACCACCACGGGCACCAUCACGGGCACGGACCUGGCAAGAAAAUGGUACAUUUGGACCCAGGAACCACACUGGACCAAGAGGAAGCAGCACAGCACAGAGAUGGUAAACCGCCCUACAGCUACGCCAGCCUCAUCACCUUUGCUAUCAACGGCUCACCGCGCAAACGGAUGACCCUCAGCGAGAUCUACCAGUGGAUCUGCGACAACUUCCCUUACUACAGAGAGGCAGGCAGCGGAUGGAAGAAUUCUAUACGACACAACUUGUCCUUGAACAAGUGUUUUCUCAAAGUGCCUCGCUCCAAAGACGACCCUGGAAAAGGUUCCUACUGGGCCAUAGACACCAAUCCUAAAGAAGACACGGUACCCAGCAGGCCAAAGAAGAGACCACGCUCUGGAGAACGAGCAUCGACCCCUUACAGCCUGGAGUCCGAGUCUCUGAGGAUGGACUGCAUCAUGUCAGGAGGGGCGUCUCCCACUCUGGCCAUCAAUGCUGUGACCAACAAGGUAGCGCUGUACAACCAUGAGGCAGAAGGCAGCGAGAGUCCUGGGAGUCUGGGCGGCAGCCUUAGCAACAGCCUUUCAGAGCAAAGUUUGGCGUCCGUCAACCUCAACAACCGGAGCACCGCGGUCAGCAGUGGCAGCAGCGUGCACGGAUACACACCAGUGAGCAGCCACUCGGAACCUUCGUCCCAGUCCUUGAGCCUCCAGCAGCCCGCCCAACCUCCGCCGCCGCCGCCGCCUCCUCCUCCCCCACAGCCCCAGUACGGUUUACCUGUCCCCGAGUCACGGGACAAGCAGCUCUGCUUCUCAGACUUCGAGGACCUCAGCUCUUCGUUCCGCAGCCUUUACAAAUGCGUCUUCGAGCAGUCCUUCUCACAGCAAGCAGGUUUGAUGAGUAUGCCCGGUGACUCCAGUCAACAGGCCCGCACCGCCUGCUCCUACCAGCACUCUCCUGGUGCGGGAAGCGGCAGCGGGCACCACCACCAACACAACCAUGGCCAAACAUCGCACCACCCUCACCACUCUCACGUCUCCCCUCACUCCACCCACAGUCAGCACCAGGCGCACGGUCAGCACCAACAGCACUCUGGUCACUCCCAGCAGCACUCGUCUCUCUCCCACCAGCAGAGUCACGCUGUGCAGGCCUGCCCCACAACAGUCAUGUCAUCAGACUGGUACCCCAACCUGGACUGGCUGAAGGAGAGCUGCCGCAUCGCUACCAGCUACAACUGGGCUGACGUAGACCUCUCCCCAUUCCAAGGUCUGAAGGAGAGCAUGCGACAGGCGGAGCUCAGCAACUGGUCUCUUGAUGCUGCCCAGAUGGCUGACCUGUGUUCCUCCAUUAACCAAUUCUUCAUGGCGACGGGGGUCAUCCCCCCUCAGGGCGCCACCCACCCACAACCUCAGGUCCAACAUCCAGCGCCGCCAUCCGCUCCUCAACACCCGGCUCAGCCGCACGGGGCCAUGCAUCCAAAGCCCAGCCAUCACAAUCAGCAUGGGCAACACAACCCACAUAAUCAACACAUCAGCACAGGGAACAUGUACAUGGACUCGAGACAAAACCUUUCUUCUCUGAUGGGCCCACCAGGAUAUCCUCACAUGCCUCCCAUGAGCAACACUGCUCCCACCAUGACAGGUGACUCUCCCAUCGCUCUCUUAACAGGUCAUCACAGCCAGCUGAGCCAGCAACAACACACGCUGCCUCCGGGACACUUUCAGGUGAGGCGCAUGCUCGCUGCCGACGACAUCCAGGAUGACUUUGACUGGGACUCCAUCGUCUAGACUGAGCCGUCAGUCAAAGGGAGCGACGAAGGAAAAGACUUGAAAUUAAUAAGGAGAUGCAGGCAAAGUGUGAUGAUAGUGACAUAAGGUACGAAACUGGCUGACCUGCUCCUUUCGCCUGUGUGACAAAACAGAAGACAAUCCAACAGAAAACAAGAUGGGAAGUGAUUUUUCUAAACACGCUGGCCUUUUUUUUCUGAUAAAAGUGGUCUAUUAAAUCUAAAGACAAUCAUGGAAAAAUGGAGAUGGGACAGACUGAGACUGUGUCGAACGAAGCCAAGACGUAAACACGUUUCGUCCAAAGCGACAGAGCUCCGAAUCUCUCCGAAUUGUCUCUCGUUGUGUCCCCGUUGUGCCAACAGGGUUGCAAGUCGCCAAAGUGUUGUCAGUUCUUCUUUGAAUUGCUUUCUUUCUCUUAAAUGUGCAUCCCGCUGCAGCUUGUGUCCCGUGAUCUACAACGUUUCCCAGCCUGUGACUGGAAUGAACAGAAAAGACGUCCUCUCCCCAAACUGUCUUAAGAAAACCAUCAAAUUUGUUUUAUUUUUUGCACACACUGAGCAAAUCCAGACAUUUCAUCCUUUCUUCACUGUAGCAUUGCUUUGCUCGUUGUUACUUUACAUAUGUGGUGAGAAGGAUAAUAGUUUGGGGACAAAAUUAAGGACGUUUCAACCUAAAUCAUGAGUCGGGGCACCACCUGCUGGUUAAAACAGGUACUUAUUGCUUCUAUCCAUCCAUCACAAAUUGUUCCUCCUCUAUCUUUUUUCUGUCAUACAGGACACUAGCUGUAAACUUCUUCUGCCUAUUUUAUCGCAAAAUUGUCAUCAGUAUGCGCUUUCAACAGCAGGUUAGUGUGUCAUGUUCUCAGGGUGUUAUGUCCACAUAUGUCUUCGCACCUCUGCCAUUUACAUCUCCUAAAUGUGAGGUUAACUGUGUGUCGUGUAGUGCUGUCAGUGUUCAAAUCCUGUUGGCUAAAUGUUAGCGUCGCCCAGGACUCUGGUCAAAUGGAUAAAAGUCUUCAUUUGUCAGCUGUAAUAAGCUGAGUAACAGAAUGAGCCUUUUAGUAGAGCCAAUAAACGUCACUAAUCAAAAAGAAAAUCAGGCCAUCGCGUGACUCAGCAUUAACUUAUAUAGUUUUCAGAGAUAAAACUGAAGCGCUGGCAAAAGCGCACAUCAUUUAUGACCCUGCAGAUCAGCUCGGUCUUGAUUUCUAACAUGCCUCAUUUGGGAAAAUGCGAGCAAUUUUUUGCACAGCAACAAGUUUGAUAGCAUCUAGUCUAAAAUAAAUGAUAACCGGGAACAUUUUAAUGCUCUUUGUCUAAGUAAAGACCAAACAAGAUGCUCGACAUCAUUUGUUUUGUUUUGCUUUUGUUGUUAAUGUUAAUUUUGUGUAUGUACAGGUGUGUGUAUAGUCCUCUCCAGUUUCCUUUAGCUUUAUAUGGCUCAAAAAAAAAGAAAAGAAAGAAAACACACAUGGGAAACAAGUGAAUUUCAUUGUAUUCACACUUUAAGGUCUCCUAUUUUCCACGGUGAAAUAUUAGACCUUAAAGUGCUUUUUUUUUCUUUUUUUUUCCUCUUUUGAAAGAUCUCAGUGAUUGUUCAGGUGGUCUAAACAAGGUAAUGUUUAAAAAAACACAAAAAACAAGAUAAAUACUCUUUAUUAUUGCCAUUAAAUGCUGUAUUACCGUGACCAGCAUAUAUAUAUAUAUAUAUCUAUAUAUUUAUAUAUAUAUAAAUAUAUAUAUAUAAAUAUAUCUUGUAUGUCUGCGUGUAAUUGUCCUUGUAAAUAACAGUAUGUCACUUCUCUGUUUGCCCUGGAAAAAUGCAGACUGAAAAAAAAAGGAAAUGGCAAAUGGAGAUGGGUAUUUUGUUAUUUCUCUUCCAGGAGAAACAUUAUGUACAUAGCUUGAGUAUAAUGUAAAUAGGUGAUUUAAAGAAGGAAAAAAAAACGUUGGCAUUUUUGUGUGUCAUAAGUAACCUGUGUAUGUACGGCGGUUCAGCGGUUCAAAUCUGUUUCAGUGUUUAUUAAAAUGUCGUUGACCAUUUUUACUG